AUGGUUAAUAUAUUUUCGUUUUCGGUAAAAGGCGUUAAACCCCGUUUAAACUUGCGCAAUUCCAAUUUAAGUAAACCCAAUUUUAAUAAUGUUUUGCAAAUUGGUAACGGCGACGAUAAUGGUAAUGAAACCGGCGAAAUAAGCGAUAAAAAACUGGAGGAACUAUUUGUAUUACGUGCAAAUGGUAGCAAACGGGUGCAAAGCGGUGGCGCAAAGUUAAUACUUAAAAAAAUUAGUUAA